CAGGGGGGGAAGGAGGAAGUGGGGCGGCCCGCGGGGCUCUGCCGCCGCUGCUCCGGUAGUCGCGGGGCUCUGCCGGCGGCUGCUGGAGGGGAGAGUCCUUCCCGCGACGCGUGGGCUGACUGUCCUUCAGGGCGGACUUGCGCCCCGGCGCCGCCACUGAAGGGAGGCAGGCAGGGAGCGGGGAGCCCCCCGCCGGGCCGCGGCGCCUCGCCGGGGAAGUUUGGUGCGGGGCGGGAUCUCGCCGGCCGCGGCGGUGGCGCCGGGUAUGAACGGCUUCGCCCCCGAGGAGGUGGCCCAGCGCGGGGCAGACCCCGCCGCCGCGGCGGUGGUGAGCAAUGCGGGCUCCGCCGUGGAGGUGCCGCCGCCGCCAGCGCCGCCGGGGCUGGGUCCGGCCGCCGCCGCGGGCUCGGCGGGCGGCGGGUGCGCGGGCGGCCCCGGGGCCGGGCAGCUGUGCUGCCUGCGGGAGGAGGGGGAGCGAUGCGGCCGCGCCGCUGGCAACGCCAGCUUCAGCAAGCGCAUCCAGAAGAGCAUUUCGCAGAAGAAGGUGAAGAUCGAGCUGGACAAGAGCGCAAGACAUCUGUACAUUUGUGACUUCCACAAAAAUUUAAUUCAGAGUGUGAGAAAUAGAAGAAAGAGGAAAGGCAGCGACGAUGAUGGUGACUCACCAGUGCAAGACAUCGACACUCCAGAGGUUGAUUUAUAUCAGUUACAAGUAAACACACUUCGAAGGUACAAAAGACACUUCAAGCUACAGACCAGACCGGGACUUAACAAAGCACAGCUUGUUGAAAUAAUUGGCUGCCACUUUAGGACAAUUCCAGUGAAUGAAAAGGACACCUUAACAUACUUCAUCUACUCAGUGAAGAAUGACAAGAACAAACCAGAUCUAAAGAUGGAUAGUGGGAUUCAUUAGACAGAAAAGGUUGGGACUGAGACUCAGGCUGCAAAUGAAAAGACUGAGGUUUUGUUGAUAUGCAAAAGCUUUCUUUGUAACUUUUUCUCCUGAGAGAGUUUGUCUGUUUUAUUUUUCAUAACCUUGCUGAUUUGUUUGAAAACCAUCUCUUAUGAAACAAAUUUCCUCAGCAAAAGUAUUUUAAAUAAAUAUCACUGAUAUUGUUGCUCAAA